AUGUUUAAUUUGCUUUCUAACCCCGCCGAAACAAGGGAAGCCUCAUCCUCCGCCGGCUCAGAAGUGCCGGGGCACGCUUCAGAAGCGGACGCGAGGACGACGUGGUUCAGCGAAUGUACGGGAGAAGCGGACAGAUCCGUCUCCUGUGCCUCAGCAAGAUCAAACCACAAACCCCAGGAUGAGGAAGAGGUUGCUCGGUCUCGCUUAAAAAAGGUGAGCCGAGCACGCAGAACCCGGAAGUCAAAGACAUCACAGAGUUCGCACUCUCCCUCAAGCAUUCAAAGCACAACUCAUGCUUAUCGGAAUCAGAGAGGAUCCUCUCACAGGGAGAGACACAUCUCCGAAUCGAGUCAGCCAUGGUUGCCAAGUGGAGUUGUGUCCAAAAGGAACAACAAGCCAUUUUUGGACAUCUGGCAUAUUGACAAGAGUCUAGGGAACACUUUAGAGGGUGUGAGGGCCAGCUGUUUUAAUCACCUCUACUGGACUGCAGCUUCCACUCCUAAUGGAGACGGAGAUGUGAUGGAGGCCAAGUGGAAAAGCAUGGUUAACCAUGUUCAGGACAUCCAUGAACACGACACUCCAAUGUUUCCCUGCUGUGCACAUCCACAUCUGGAGGGGGAAGUAAGGAACAAGGCGUGGAUGGAACCAGCAUGUGCAUCAGCCCUCAUGGAUUCUCUGAGAGUGGAAUACUCCAAGUCACCACAGGCUCUACAAGAACGCAGCGCUGUCUUGUCUUCCACUACACCUUCUCCCCUUUCCAGACAAGAAUGAGGCUGUUGGAGCAUAUCUAGCACAGCAUUCAUGAUUUAACACACGUUAACAAAGCGUUAAUGUGAUACCCACAUAGAUGUUGGGCAAGUUAUUAAACGGUUUUUUAAUGAGUUUUAAUUUUUUGGUUUUCAAUGGGUCAGAUGGUAUAUGUUUCCAUCGGUUGUGUAUGUUUAGUACCAUACUGUAUAUACAGUAGUCAACACUUGAAGUGGAUCAAAAAAGUUAAUCAAAGUUGUCCUAAGACAAGAACGGGUAUUGUUCACAAUUCAGGCACAACUUUGUUGAAAGAUUUUGAUCCACUUCAAAUGUUCAAUAGUUUAUUUUAACAAUUGCGAUGUUGAGAUAUGAGUUAGGUAUUAACAG